UUUCAUUUACCUCAUUUACCGUCAUUUAGGUAUAAAAGUUAACGGCACAACAGCAUCCAACAUCAGUCAUAAACCACCAGUUCCAAGCUCAACUAAUCAGCAAGCUUCAACAACUCCAAAAUGUUCAAAUACUUCGCCCUCGUCUGUGUAUUCGCCGUAUCCGCCGUCAGUGCUGGACUCCUCGAGACCCACCAUGUCGUCCAUGAGCCAGUGCUGGCCAAGGUUGGUUCGGUGGUUCACAGUGCUCCUUCAGCCGUUUCCCAUCAGAGCAUCACUCAGGUCCACAGCAAAGCUGUUGUGAGCCCUGUGCUCGCUCACGCCGUCAAGACAACUGUUCACGCUACCCCCGUUGUUCCCGUAGUUCAUGCCGCUCCUGUCGUUCACGCCGCUCCCGUUGUCCACAGCGUUCCAGUCGUGCACUCCGUGCCCGUGGUACAAUCUGCUCCUAUCGUCAAGAGCAUUCUUUCGGCUCCUCUUGCCUACACUGUGCAUCAUUAGAACGUUUUUGGAUUGCUACACUGAUUGUCGAAUAUUUUACGAAAAUGAAACGAAAAUAAA